AUGUAUAAGCUUUUCGUAUUGAGUGUUCUUGUAGCCGUAACUGUAGCCACUCCCGUUGGAUAUGGUGCAAGUUUUGCCUACACCGCUCCAGUGGCCAUCGCUCAUUCUGCUCCAAUUGCCCAUGACAUUCAUGUUCCAGCUGCAGUCAGUACCUCAUUUCGCAGAGACGUUAUCCACAAACCAGUAGUAACAUCCUACACCGUUCCAGAAGUUGUUGGCUCUCGUCCAGUCGUUGAGAAAUUUGUAGGACAAGCUCCAGUCUACGAAAGAACCCUUGUACAACCAGGUCCACUUGUUGAAAAGACCUUAGUUCAACCAGCUACCUACACUGCUCCUGUUUUAUCUCAUGCAGCUCCAUUGUCUUAUGCUCAAACGUGGUAA